AUGACUGACACCAUGAACCCGAUGGAUCUCCCUGCCUCGCCCUCUCCGGAGUUGCCGUUGACAGUGUCUCCCGCAGACACCUCACUGGACUCUCCGGAGCCGGAGCUGAUCAAGGAGGAAGACGACAAGAAGCCAGCAAAGAAACGCAAGUCCUGGGGUCAAGAACUCCCCACCCCCAAGACCAACCUCCCUCCACGAAAACGAGCCAAGACAGAUGACGAGAAGGAGCAACGCCGCAUCGAGCGCGUUCUCCGGAAUCGCGCCGCCGCACAAACAUCCCGUGAGCGGAAGCGACUAGAGAUGGAGAAACUCGAGACCGAGAAGAUCCGCAUGGAGGAGCAGAACCAGUUCCUCCUGCAACGUCUCACCCAGAUGGAGGUUGAGAACAGCCGCCUGGCCCAACAGGUCGCCCAGCUGUCCGCCGAAGUCCGGGGUUCCGUCCGGGGCUCUCGCAGCACCACGCCCAUCUCCAAUAAGGCCGCCUCGCCGGCCCCCAUCACCGAAUCUCCGACGCUCACACCCACUCUCUUCAAGCAGGAAGGCGAGGAACUCCCCAUGGAGCGCAUUCCCUUCCCCACCCCCGCCACCUCGGCCCUCGACUACUCCCCGACUCUCAAGCCCUCCACGCUGGCUGAGGCUUCCGACGCGACACAACAUCCUGCAGCGGUGUUGUGUGACCUGCAGUGUCCGUCGGUAGCCUCGAAGGCAGUGGAGGCCACGCCCUCCCUCUCUUCGACCUCGCGGGCGAGUCUCACACUGCAAAUGACGUUGCAGCUCCUCUUUCUGACGAUGAUUUCCGCCGCCUCUUCCACGGUGAUUCAUCCGCUGAGUCAAAUCCUUCAUUCCCUGAAGACGGGUUUGCCUUUGGCGCUCUCGACGGAGGAGACCUUUCAGCUUUUCCCUUUGAUUCAUUGGUUGAUUUCGACCCCGAGUCUGUCGCCCUCGAAGGUGUCGACCCGGCCGGUCUUUCGGAUGAGACUGCUUGCCCGCCUGCUAGCGUGCAGCCCAGCCUUGGCGCGUCCACUUCGCGAUGCGACGGGCAGAGCAUUGCAGCUAGCGGUUAGCGAGCAGUUCUCUCCGCAGACCCGGUCGGCCGACGCCCCGGAGGGCCGACCGCGGUGGGAGUCGUUGUUGACCAUGGCGUGGGCGAUUGAAAGGCUCAGCCGCCGACAGCGGAUUUCCAAUCACACAUCCGGCCGGCGACGCAGUUACGGAAAGAUGGUUCGGACACGGAGUUCCUGGCGUUCCCCCGAGACACUGUCUCGCUUAGGCAAGCAACUGGGUUAA